GAGUGUGUAGCAGGGACAGGGAUGGGUGCAGGGGUUGGAAGGGGAUGGGCGACUGAGACGGAGACGGUUGAACAGGCGAUGUGCAGUUUGUACGCAAGAUGGAUACAAAGACGGAGAGGACACGCCGGAGCCGCCUCCAUCCAAUGUUACACCUGCAACAGUUUCAAACAGAACUGCACCCUGAAAGCCACCGACUGUAAUGCGAUCCUGCACAAGACCUGCAGCAGUCACUCUGUCCACCUGAAAGGCCGAAACCACGAACACGAGUACAUCGAAAAUGUAUGCGGGGACUGCCUGGGUCCCAUUUCCUUCAACAGCGGCCCCUACUCGGCCUUCGUACACACUACCUGCUGUAACUCGGAUCUGUGCAACGAUCAACUGGAACCAGAGAAAGAAGACAAGGCCCCGAAUGGCCUGGAGUGUGAGGGCUGCUUCGAGAUAACGGAGAAAGGUUGUAACCGCUCAAUGGCCACAGUGAAAUGCUACGGGCAACAGGACCGGUGUAUUCACAUCUCGGGCGACCUGCACUGGUUGGACAGCACUAAUUACAUCUUCAAGGGCUGUGCAUCCCACUAUGUCUGCAAAGCCAGAAAUUCAAUGUCCCUAUUUGGCAUGGAUUCCAUCAAUGUCUUCUACUGCUGCCAGGGUGACCGGUGUAACCUGGAGUUUCGGAACCCGACACGGGACAGGACAAUGGCCCUGGACACCAAGAAUGCAGCUACUUCCCUUGGCACCCAGAGUUUCCUACUCAUUGCCCUACUGCUGAUAUCGAGGGUGUCUGAACUCUAGGAUGCGACAUCUCAGGGGAGCAA